AUGAUCAGAAAACAAGCCAGGGAAAGAAGAGAAUAUUUGUACAGGAAGGCCCUCCAACUCCAAGAAUCUUCCCUCACGGAAAAGCGCCAGCAGCUCAAAGCCGCCUUGGCGCUGGGGAAACCUUUAUCGAAAGAACUAGCCGAAGACGACAAAUUACAACGCGAUUUCAUCUACGACCAGAGCGAGCAGGACCAAAUUGAAAUCGACGACGAAUACAGCGCAUUAUCAGGCAUCUCGGAUCCGAAAGUGAUCAUCACCACUUCGCGCGACCCCAGCGUGCGAUUACUCCAGUUCUCCAAAGAGAUCAAGCUCAUGUUCCCCAACAGCUUGAAAUUGAACAGGGGAAAUUACAUCAUUAACGACUUGGUCCAAACGUGCGCGAGAGUUCAAGUUUCCGAUAUGGUCAUCUUGCAUGAACAUCGCGGGGUGCCUGCCUCCAUCACGGUGAGCCAUUUCCCGCAUGGCCCCACUGCGAUCUUCACGUUGCAUAACGUUAAAUUAAGACAUGAUUUGCCCCGCUUGGGCAACGUGAGUGAAUCCUAUCCGCAUUUGAUCUUUGAAAAGUUUAGUACGCCCUUGGGAAUGCGUGUCGUGAAGAUCUUGAAGCAUUUGUUCCCGCCUGGUGUCAAGCGUGACUCGUCGAGGGUGAUUACGUUUGUUAAUAAUGAUGAUUUUAUAAGUGUGAGGCAUCAUGUGUAUGUGAGAACGAAGGAUGGCGUUGAGAUUAGUGAGAUUGGGCCCCGGUUCGAGAUGAAGUUGUAUGAGAUCCGGUUGGGGUUGCCCGAUAACAAGGAUGCUGAUGUCGAGUGGCAGACGAGAAGGUUUAUUCGUACCGCUAACAGAAAGAAUUAUCUAUAG